AUGUUUAUUGAUAUUUUCCGUAAUCUGGGAACUGUUGAAUAAAUUUUUCCGUUUUCGCGGGUCCCUUCAGCAGUACUUAUCAUGUCGCGCUGGCAAAACGUAUCGACGGGUUGAGAACCCACGAUGGGUAAAAGCUUCUGAAGAAAACCGUGCAGAGAGCUGAUGUUCGUUGUCUGAUGUGGUGUAGGUUGAAUCGUAGCGAUCGUAGCGUAGUGUGUGGAAGAUAACUUGGAGACCGGGAGAGACAGAAACACAAGAAGUGUAAAAAAUAUUGCUGUCUGGUACAGUUAUUUUUAACAUUAUUUAAAAGGAAAAAUCUUGUGAUAUGUCUCUGGUACAGGAUUUUAUUUCACGAAUCACAUAACCUUCGAUCAAAAGGCCAGGUGAUCAGAGAAACAUGGAUAGCUGUGUCGAAGGUGGAGACAGCCACAUCGCUGAAAAUGGUAGCACUAAAAAAUCCUGGUCCGAGCUUCGAGGAGUUGUUAGCGAACUCAGAAGACGUUUGGCUGGAGUCUCCGCUGCAUCUGUACCAGCUUCUAUUACUUUUAGAACAUUACCGGAUGGACGGACGAGAAUAUAUUUUUUGAGUACACCAUCAAAUGGCUGGGAAACAACGCUAUUGUAUGUUGAUAUAGCUCACUCAGAUAAUGCCAAUGGUUAUAAACUGAAUUGGCAGCCUGUUAUAGAGGCAAAUUUUCAAAGUUUGUCGUGUGUAAAUCGUUUAUCACGAGAAGAGCAACUUCUCUGGGAAAGAAAGAGACUAGCCACAUGGGGCAUUACAAGUUAUGAAUUACAUGCAGAAAGUGGGAAAUUGGUUUUCCCAGCAGCCAGUAGUCUCUAUCAGUGUAUAGAUACUGGGAGUAUGCCAGGUCCUCUCUUCCCAUCUGAAUUAAGAAUGUCUAUGUCUGGUGCUAAACUAUGUCCACAAAUUUGCCCGUGGAAUCACGCUUUGGUUGCCCAUACUUGUGCUGGCGACUUACAUUUGUCUCACAGUAUUACCGGUUCUUCUGUCAGACUUACCCAUGCAAAAAAAGGCGGAAGAAGCUUAGCUGAGGAUCCGUUAACUGCUGGGACUCCCUCAUAUGUUAUGCAAGAAGAAUUUACGAGGUUCAUCGGCUAUUGGUGGCAACCUAAAUCGACUGAUGGGAUUUAUAGAAUAGUUUACGAAGAAGUUGAUGAAAGUGAUGUAGAAAUAUUUUGUUUUCCAUCCUCCACAUCAAACUCUGGUGAAAUCGAGGAAUUCAGAUUUCCUAGAGCUGGUACUUCAAACGCAAGAAGUAAUUUGAAAAUGGUGCAAUUCAAGUUGUCAGAAACCUUGCAGAUAGUCGAUAUCGAGAUCUUAGAAUUACAAUAUCCAUUACACAUUAUGUUUCCAUGGAUGGAGUACCUAGUUCGAGUCGGCUGGACACCAGAUGCACUAUACGUUUGGGUGCAGCUGUUGGAUCGACGACAGCAAACGCUUGAGUUGGUAUUAUUGUCCGUGGACAACUUUUGUGAACCUCCCCCAAACGUUUACAAUUCCGAAAAUCAUUUUACGCUAUCAUCUGCUAGUGUCCAAGUAAUAUACUCACAAAAAAGUAACGUGUGGAUAAAUGUUAAUGAUCUACUUUAUUUUUUGCCAUCUGAUGACCCCACAGAGGUCAAGUUUAUUUGGGGUAGCGAGGAAACUGGAUUUAGACAUUUGUAUCUCAUUACGUCGAGUAUAGCCGGUUUAACGAGCGGUGUAGAGGAGCCCUUAGAUAGAAUGGAUAAUGUUUUUCUUCAACCCCGAGUGAUAUCAAAAGUUGCACUCACAAAAGGCAAUUGGGAAGUAUUAGGUAGAAACUUGUGGGUCGAUGAAACUAAUUCAAUAGCUUAUUUUUCUGGUCUGAAAGAAGGACCAUUAGAACAGCACGUUUACGCCGUUUCAUUAUGCCGUCCAUUGGAGAUAAGACUGCUCACCAGACCGGGCUAUAGUUAUAACAGUGUUUAUUUCAAUAAGCAAUGUACUAUGCUCGUUGCUGUUUAUAGUUCUAUUAAGACCUUACCGACUUGCCAGGUAUUUAGGAUAUCUCAAUCAGACUGGACGGUAGAGAGUAUCACUCUUACGCCUGUUGGAUACUUGCUGGAACCAUCAGCACCUGAGUCCGAAUUAUUCGCCCCAGAAAUUUAUACACACAAAAUAAAAUCUGGAGAAACAAUAUUUGCUAUGAUAUUUAAACCACAUAAUUAUCAGCCAGGCAAGAGAUAUCCAACAAUAUUGAAUGUUUACGGUGGUCCCGAGGUUCAGUUGGUAUCUAACACAUUCAAGGGCAUGAGACAUUUGCGAAUGCAUAUGCUGGCUGCACAGGGUUACUCGGUGGUCCUUAUUGAUUCUCGAGGUUCGCAAUACAGAGGUUUAAUGUUUGAAAGCUACUUACAAAGAAGGAUGGGAACUGUGGAGUUGAUUGACCAAGUUGAAGUGUUACGGUGGUUGGCCGAUACGACAGGGUGUAUUGAUAUGUCCAGAGUUGCAAUUCAUGGUUGGUCUUAUGGAGGAUAUUUGAGUUUGAUGGGACUGACGCAAUAUUCCGAUAUAUUCAAGCUGGCUAUAGCAGGAGCUCCGGUAACGUCUUGGAACUUGUACGAUACAGGUUAUACAGAGCGUUAUAUGGAUUUGCCGGAAAAUAAUCCCCAAGGUUACGCGACGGGAUCGGUCUUAAAUUAUAUCAAUAAAUUCCCUGAAGAAGAAAACAGAUUACUCAUCAUCCACGGCCUCAUAGAUGAAAACGUACAUUUCUUUCACACCAGUCAAUUGAUCAAUGCUUUGGUAAAAGCUGGUAAACCGUACGAACUACAGGUCUAUCCAAACGAGAGGCAUAGUUUGAGAAACGUUGACGCGAGUAAGCAUUAUGAAACUACCGUGUUGUCUUUUCUGCAAAAUCAUUUAUGAAUCACUGUCACUUUAUUAAAAAAAUCAAUUCGCUAAUCAAUUACACUCAUAAAUGGCAGCUUGAAUAAUUCAUUAUUGAGCAGAUGCCAUAAUCUAUUGGUGACGUGAGACUGUAGCUAUUUAUUGAAAACAGAAGAAUGUAUAUUCGUUAGAAUGCGAUUUGUAAUUAGAUUCAUGUUCUCAAAGAUUUGGUUUGAUGUAAUAGAUGAUAAUACCUGCAUUCGAGACACCGACUUUGGCGCGGCGUGUCUCAAGGUGUAAGAAGUAAUUAAAAACCAAGUAUCUUUCGAUUUUCAUAAAGUUUCUUCGCGUUAAAUGAAGAAAAAUUCAUAUUCGUUGUUAAAGCGCGUCAACAUGUUUGUAUCGUUUUGACGAUUUUUUUAACCGAGUCACGGAAUUAAUAACAGCUAUACAAUUUUUACUACGCAAUAUUGUUUGACAACAGGUGCGAUGAAUAAAAUUCGUCAGAUUUUAUUUCGCGGUUCAAUAAAGUAUGUCCGCUUUUUUCUGUCUGUAAAUCAGGUGAUGGAUUGACAUAUAUUCGAUAGAUACAGAAAGUUUUCAUUGCGCGUGUUAGCUAAUAUUUGUUAUAUCUAGACUGUCGAAUUACCAUCAAUUCAAAUGAAACAAUAACGAUAAAAAAGAAAAAAUAACUGCCAUUAGGUCAUGUACAUAAAUAAAUCAAUUUACAUCUCAAUCGAUUUCUCAUUCGUAAUCUCACAGACUUAUAGAAUUGUCUAUGUAUUGUUUACCAUAUGCCGUGGUGAACGUGAAUUUUGCAAUACUGGGUGCCACUGACAGUAUUAAAUUUUCAAUUCACAAGUCACUCGCAAUAUCAAAGGUAUUCUUGAAAGUUUUUGAACCUCAGUUAGUCCGGUAGUCACCCUAGAGUCCCUUAGUGAUUUAUGAUUCAAUUUUAGGUACUUUUUCACGCUAAGUAACCACACAAUAAAUAAAAAAUUAACAACCAAUAGUACAUUCAACUCGUGAGACUUAGAGGACAAAUUUGCGCGUGUUUGAAGGUAUUGAAGAAUGUUACCCCAACUUCAUGAAACGAAUUAAUUGCUUGCGAAUAAUUUUCGCGUAAAAAAAAAAAACUCAUGACGCGCAUUAUGCUUUCGUGGAAGUUUUACAGUUCACCUUACCCUUUGCUAACAAAUUAACUCCAGCUUUUUUUUCCUCUCAAUUGUACUUACUAAACCUACUACAGCCUUGCAUUAGAUUAUUACAAAACCAUUUGGUUCGUAAUGAAUUAGGUAUCCUUCAAGUAAUCAUUUGAAAAAUAAAGCAUUAUACACUAUUAUUUUGUAAAUAAACAUUACCACUGUUUUGUCUUUUUACCAUAAUAGUGUUAUAAAUAAAUCGCACCAUACCUACACCUAUGUAUACCUAUAAUACGCGAUUUCCACUACUGUGGAACAAAUUUGUAUAUCCUUUGGAUAAUGAUAAUAAUUAUUAUUAUUUGUCAAUAAAUGAAUUUACUAUUUUA